AUGCCAGGUUUGUUCGAAACUUCAAUCUCUCCCUACUCGCUACCUCUGAAGAGUUUCGGUGAUUCUUUCGUUCGGCCCCUGCUCGUCGGUACAAUGCCGGACUUCGGCCUACUUCCGAAGGAAUACAACGUUUGUGUGCAUGGGGCCUAUUUUCCCGGUUAUUACUAUGGUCCAAAGGAAAUCAAGUUCGGUGAUGUAAAGAUGGGCGACCUGUGGACCUACCUCAAAACACGAAGUUGCAACCCAGUGGAUUACGUAAAGGCACUCGCUCGUUUCUCAUGGCGUUACCGUCUCAGAUGGAUCUAUCCCCGCAAGAGCACUCUUGUGCCAUUCUUUCACAUUGGUUUCUUCUUUGCCACUUGUCAAUACCUUAUCAAUUACAAGAGCCAUCAAACAGAGCGUCAUGCCAAGUAUCACUAG